AGAUGAUAAACUGUCCCAUUAAACUCUCCUGUUAGCUCGAAGAAAAACCGUUUGUUAGAGUUGUUACGGCAAAAUAUGGACCACACUAACGAUUGUGCUUAAUUUGGGUGUUAAAAUUUAAAAUACAAGAGCUUAAAUCUAGGCUCAGCACAUGAGAAGGAACAUGGAGGAGAUAAAGACCGAGCCCGUGGAUUUUGUAAAAGAAUUUCAAGAAUACCUGACCCAGCAAACCCAGCAUGUCAACAUGAUUUCAGGCUCCGUGUGUGGUGAAAAAGAGACAGCGGAGUCGUUUCAAGCCGUUGCCCCAAGGUGUGAGCAAAAUGGUCUGGACCCCCCGUCUGUGGAGGUGAGACUGUCUGUGGAGGAUGGGUCAGAUGUGCAGAUGGAUGGCCUGGAGAGGACCUGCGAUGGAAAGUAUAAAUGCAGCUACUGCAGCUAUGCAAACAAGGGCAUGGCUCGCUUAAUAGAGCAUAUCCGCAUCCACACAGGAGAAAAGCCUCACCGCUGCCAGCUGUGCCCAUUUGCAUCUGCGUACGAGCGUCACUUGGAAGCCCACAUGCGCUCACACACAGGAGAGAAGCCCUACAAGUGUGACCUCUGCGCCUUCCGAUGCAGUGACCGCAGCAACCUGUCGCACCAUCGGCGCCGCCGCCACAAGCUUUUGCCCACCAGGGUGGCACGCUCUCCUUUCUCCAACAAGAGAAUGCUGAGUGCUUUGCAGAAGAGGACGGCCUCGCUGGGGUUUGGACGGCGCCUCCUCAUCAAUCUCAACCCGCCCUCCGUGGUGAUGCCAAAAUCGGAUUUUCUGACUGACUUGUCUCACAAAAUCCACCAUUUAAACAGCAGCGAGUAUAAGAACGCUCCCAGGGUGGAUGAGAAGGAAAGUCGCAACAGGAGUGCUAAUGGUUUGACUUUUAAAAACCCACUCGACCAGGUGUCUACACUAGCCGGUCAGUUGGCUGAGCUCCACCCUGAGUCUCAGACUCCCGUGUCCCCAGACAGGGAGUCACUAAAAGAUGAGAAGCCCAUCCUAAUACAUAAUGUCUCCAGUGAACAGGUUGCAAUAUGCUCAAAUGGAUUGCAGAUAUCAUCACUUAAAAAAGAAUCUCCCACCUCACGCCAUGAGAACUGUAGUCCUGCUCUGAGCCUUGGCUUUGAGAACAACAUGAACGCUCUGACUGCGUGUGUUAGCAACAGCCAGUCGGGCACACCCGCCCCUGGCCUGACUAUACCGGACCAGCAGGUCAUGUAUAAAUGCCAACAUUGUGAUAUUCACUUUUCUGACAAUAUCCUCUACACUAUUCACAUGGGCUGCCAUGGCUAUGAACAUCCAUUCCAGUGCAACAGCUGUGGGCAUAAAUGCGCAGACAAAUACGAUUUUGCCUGCCAUUUUGCCCGUGGCCAACAUAAAAACUGAUUCCUGGCAGCACAGACUUAUAUGGAGCCCUUGUUUUUGUUAUAUUGGUUAUAUUUAGCAACUGAACAUAGUGAGACUGUUUUACAUUUCAUGUUUUAAGUUGUUUUCUUUUUUUUACUUUACACUUCUACAUCUGCACUAUACUCUUGCCUUACUGCUUUUCUACCUUGAUCCCAACUUUGGGCUUCUCGUAUUAGUUGUGAACGUACAAAACCACAAAUGACACUUUACAACACAUCAUAGUUUGUUGUGAGAGUUAGUUAACGCCUUGUGAUAUCUGUACUCCUUUGCUCAUGCAACUUAUUGGGUUUGGCAUUAGACUGGGAUUUGCAGUGUUUCAUCGCUAUGGAGUGAGUCAUUAGGAUUUCAUUCAGCCUGUUGAGUAAAUCACAUUUAUAAAGGCAGCUAUAUACACUGAUCAGCCAGAACAUUGAAACCACUGACAGGCAAAAUGAAUAACAGUGAUUAUCCGUUACAGUGCAAUGAAAUGGGCUUCUGUGGCCCGUCUACUAACUGGAAGGUUGGUUGGUUGAUCCCCAAAGUAUCCUUGGGUAAGCUACUGAACCCUCAAAUUACCCCCAAAGUAUAAUUGGAGUGUAUGUGAGAAUGUUACAAAGUGCCGUGUGAAUGUGUAUGUGUGAUUGGGUGAAUGAAGUCUUGCAGCUAUACAAGUACCAGUUCAUUUGCCAGUGUUCAGAUGGGAAGAUUUUGCGUGUGGCACAAUGUGUGGCACUCACGUGGCACACACUAGCACACCCAGAACAAGCCCCACAGUGCAUCACCCUGCUGCCAACAUCCCAAAGGUGCUGUGUCCAAACCAUGAAUGCUUAGAUCUCUGUUUUCCAGCAGGAAGGUGGGGCCCAAUUCAAUAUUGUGAGGGUGGUUUUAAUGUUGUGGCUGUUGGGUGUGGGGCUUUUUUUUCCUUUUUUUUAAAUACAACACCAAAACAGUAUUAAGCACCAAACAUUUUAAGCUCAACCAGCUUUGUAUUCACAGCGGAGCCAUCGAAGUGCCAUUCUCACCACCGUUUGUAAAUUGCUUGUAUGCCUAAUAAUUAUACACCAAAGUCUCAAUCAUGGUUAAAUUAGCCAGACACAUUCCUCAGUGGAAGUUGUAGUUCUAAUAUUUAUUUAUAUCUAACCUCAGAAACUACAAUUAGUAGUUUUUUUUUGUUUUUACAGUUGUGUUACAUCCCUUUUUAAAAAUUAAUAUUUAUAUACUGUCUCAAGUAACUUUGUGUACAUACAACUUUAAAAUUAAUUGUAGCCACUUACUG